AUGAACGACAGAGGCGACGAUUCCAAGAUGUUUCGAAACUUGGCCGUCCAGCUUUGCAAUUCUCGAACCAGAGCGGUCAGCAUCAUCGAAGCGUUGUCCACCUUAGCAGUUCUAGCAGUUCGAGCAGUUCCAAAAUCAGCUGGGAGAGGCCUCCCGGUCACCGACUUCGACAUCUUCGACGUCUUCGACAUCAACGAUCUGGCGAUGAGCCGGGCGAGCCAGUGCACCGCCAAUGCCACGAAGCCCAAGCGCACCAAGCGGCUCAAGCGCAUCCGGAAAGCGCCGCAGCAGCGAAGCUUUUGGAGGAGAGAUCUCAACUCACUCAGUGAACUUCCCAAAUGGCUCUUGCGACCUGGGAAAUGGUCGCAAGGGUCACCAGAUGUCACCAGAUGUCAAGAGAUGUCACCAGGCGACGAUUCCAAGAUGUUUCGAAACUUGGCCGUCCAGCUUUGCAAUUCUCGAACCAGAGCGGUCAGCAUCAUCGAAGCGUUGUCCACCUUAGCAGUUCUAGCAGUUCGAGCAGUUCCAAAAUCAGCUGGCUACCGAGAAAUUUGA